CCUCAGACAGCUGUUUGAAAAAUGUCCGGUGUGUAAGACAGACUGUGAUGUCCAAACAAGAAAAGUGGGGACCUAUGUGGCGUUCACACAGCGUUGUUCAAACUGCAGUUACUUCAGAAAAUGGGAGAGCCAGCCCGUCAUCGGAAGUACCCCGGUUGGCAAUUUACAAUUAUCCGCUGCUACAUACUUCACUGGGGGUUCCUUCUUCCAACUACGAAAGAUAUGCAGAGCCAUGCAGCUGGAGAUCAUCGGGUAUGGGACCUUCAGGAGGCAUGCUAAGAGUUACCUGGAGCCUGCUAUUAUCCACAAGUGGAACACUGAUCAGCAGCAGAAUUUCGAUAAUCUACAACAACAGGGGGGAAAGGUCGCAGUUGCAGGAGAUAUGAGAGCAGACUCUCCAGGACACUCGGCUAAGUUCGGGAGCUACACACUCAUGAACCUGGGAAGCAACACCAUUCUAGACUUCCAGCUUGUUCAGAGCAAUGAAGUAGGUGGUAGUUACCACAUGGAAAAGGAGGGACUCAAAAGAUGCCUAGAUCAUCUGGAGUCAAAGGAUUUGGCGGUUGAGUACAUUGUGACUGACCGUCAUCCGCAGAUCCAGAAGUACCUGAGGGAACGCAACAUCGAACAAUUCUAUGAUGUGUGGCACUUUGAAAAAGGUUUGUCCAAGAAACUUCUGAAACUUACACAGAACAAGGACUGUGACACGAAGUUGAAGAGGUGGCUGUGCAGCAUAAAAAACCAUGUCUACUGGAGUGCGACGAGCACAACCUCGGGGCCGGAGAAGGUGGCAAGGUGGACGUCACUGGUCAACCACCUACAAAACGUUCACGUGCAUGAUGACCCCCUGUUCCCCAAGUGCACACAUCCUGUAGGAGCCGCAAGCGAUGCAAAUAAACCUUACCUAAAAGGUGGCUCAAUAACACUCGCCAGAGUUGAAACGAUACUCACCAACAAGAGAGUUCUCAAAGAUGUGCUAAAGCUAAGCCAUCACUACCAGACCUCAUCCCUAGAGUCCUUCCACAACUUAAUUCUGCGUUUUACCCCAAAAUAG